AUGGCUAUUUCGAGAAAAUUUAGCUCAUCCAUCGUUACAAUUGGGAAUGCCAGUAGCAUCGAAAACUUGUGGGUGAAAGUGUCCUAUGCACAUCGUUCGGUUUUGAUCGGAUUAUCGUAUAUUCCACCGGAAAAAAGCCAGGAUAUCUCCGUUCUAGAUCUUCAUGUGAGUGCUCUAUCGGAAGCUAGAUUGCAACAUCCUUCAUGCGGUAUAAUUUUUAUUGGCGAUUUUAACCAACCUCAAUUAUUGUGGAUCCCUGGUCAAGGUAACAACUUGUUGAUCGAUCCCUCGUCGGUGAUAAGUACGGCAAGUGCCUCUCUAGUGGAUGGAACUAUUUUGAAUGGAAUGCAUCAACGUAACGGUUUACGGAACUUUCAUAAUCGAACGCUGGAUUUAGUCUUCACCGAUGAAUCUAUCUUGAUCAGCACCAUCAUCGAGGCCAAUGAAGUUGUUGUUCCCAUAGACGUGCAUCAUCCUCCGUUUGAAUUCGACAUUUCGUUCCCGAAUCCUGUAGCUUUUAUUGAGGACUUCGACUCGUCCGCUCGUGACUUCCGUCGUGCUGACUUUGAGGUAUUGAACCGAGCGCUAUCUGAAAUUGACUGGACGAAUCUUCAAAGAUGUGCUGAUGUAGAUAUGGCUGUGAGUACAUUCUGCUCCAUUUUGAGUGAAGUUUUCGAUAAUUCUGUACCACUGGUAAGACCUCCUCUCCGACCUCCUUGGACAAAUAGUCGCCUAAAACAGCUAAAACAGAUUCGAUCGAAAUGGCUACGACUGUUUAGUAGCUCCCGCUGCCCGUUUUUAAAAACAAAAUUGAAUGAUGCCACCAGAAGAUAUCGGAUCUACAAUCGCCUCUGCUAUCGUCGCUAUUUAGAUCGCACACAAUCUGACCUUCGCCGUAAUCCAAAAACGUUCUGGAAGUUCGUUAACACCAAAAGGAAGGAGUCUGGUCUACCUGCGGUGCUUCAUUUGAACGACAGAACCGCCGAAUCUUCUGCCGAGAAAUGUAACCUAUUUGCCAAUCACUUUUCCAGUGUUUUCCCAAUCCAAUCGUUAAGUGCAGAUCAAAUCAAUGCAGCGGUAACAUUAUUACCCAGAGAUGUGUUAGACCUUGACAUCUUCGCUAUUACCGAAGAAAUGGUUCUUGAUGCUAUCAAUAAUUUGAAGUUUUCUACCUCAACCGAAUAA